CCUCAUGUCCCCUCAUCCGAAAGAAAGCAGAGACGGUAUGCAAAUCUCUGUCGUCUGCGUUGCAUCUUAAACUUUCACUGUUUUGCUUUUGGAAUCCCAUCUUUAGGAAACAAUCCGAAGCUAAAACAAGACGAAAAAUAGAGUUUAGGUGUCCCACAAAGCAUGCCUUUUUUGCUAGUAUAUAAGCCUUACCAGAGUAUCCUCCAAACUCACCAACUGAAACAUUACCACACAACAUCCCAAUCAACUACUUCUUGCCACAACUGCUUCAUUUUUUGCUGAGAAAUUACAAGAGACAGAAUGAGCAGGCAAGGAGAUUGGAUGUGUGCUGCAUGCCAGCACCUAAAUUUUCAAAAACGUGACUCGUGCCAACGAUGCAGCUGUCCCAAGUAUGCUACCGGAGUUGAUGUCUCUUCAUACGCAAUGCAAAAGAAUGAAGUUUUGGCCGGAGAUUGGUACUGCGGUGCUUUGAAUUGUGGUGCACAUAACUAUGCUAGCCGAACGAGCUGCUAUAGAUGUUGUGCAUCUAAGGACUACUGCGGCUAUGGGGCUGAAAUCAUGGCAUCUGCUGGCUACACAUGCGAUGCUAUUCCUGGUUGGAAAACUGGCGACUGGAUUUGCGCAAGACUAGGAUGCGGCAUGCACAAUUACGCUAGCAGGACGGAGUGCUACAAAUGCAAGACACCUAGAGAUUUCGGAGCAAUGUAAGGAUAUUGAACCAACCAAGAGUUGCAUGCAGUUUUACCACCGGAUAACGAGCUUUGAAGCUAUAGUUACACGUUUGGUAGUGACUGUUCUCGGCUGCCAUUCUUGUCUCUAGUCUUAGACCAAGACGAUCGAGUCCUAUGUAGUCUCAAUUUGUACGGUGCAAAAUGUUCCUUGCAAUAACGAAUAGCUAAUGAAAUCUCUUAGUUGAGUUUCCUGAUCCAA